GCAGUAGAACAAGGCAGUGGCACACGUCGAGAUCAAAAUCAAGUGAAAAUGAAGAAACUAGGAAUUUUGUUGAUAACGGAUUUUUCUUAAUAGUGUUGGACUAAAAAUGUAAAAGAAAUAUAACAACCCACAAGCUCUGCUCGAAAUCUGUUCGCGCAGAUUUGGCUAUCUGGGAAUGGACUCAGUGAAUUAUUCGUUUUCGCGAUUAUAAUAUAUCACAGUUUUUACUAUAUAACAAGUAAAACUCUAAGGAAAACAAAGAAAUGGAGCAACAGAAUGAUUGUUCUACUCAAAGAGGACAACCAAUACGUCGCUAUCCAAACGACUACAAAACGGAAGGACACUCAUCUUCAUUGAACAAAGCAAUGACGAAUCAGUCGCAAUAUUCAAACACAGGAAGACCUACUGUACGCAUAGCCGUGUACUUAAUGACGGGGGUGUUCUUAAUCAUGGAGGUCGACCAGAACGCGACUGCGCAGCAGAUUUUCACGAUCGUGCAAUCCGAAGCAGAAUUGGGUCUAACAAGAUUAGCCUUGGUAACUGCUACACCUGUAUUUGCGCUAUGGAUGUGUUCUUCGCAGCUAGAGGUACAGCUGCGUCCAACGCAUAAACCCGUAGAGCUAGCCGCCAAAUGGUGCUAUCUCAUAAACAAGUAUAGCUCGCAUGGAGACAACUCCGACGAUGAGGAGCCUUUGUUAUACUUUCGCAGAAAUAUUUUUCUGUCGAGAGCAGAGGAAGAGCAGAUCAAAGACACUAAAGUGCUCGAGCUUCUUUAUGCGGAAGCCAGAUAUAACGUUUUACAAGGACGUUAUGCAUGCGAUGGUCCUGCGCGUUACGCCAGCUUAGGAGCCUUGCAGGCACGCAUCGAGCUCGGACCAUACAAUGCGCAAACUCACACUCUGGCAUUUUUCCGAAGACACCGCGGCCGAUUCUUACCACAUCAUCACGCGUCCCCCAGUCUUUUAUUAGGCUUGGGACUCGGACUGGGGUUAGUGGGUGGCAAGGGUGCACCUGAGGCUCAUCUUCUGGAACAAUACAAACGAAUACCGAACAGUCACAAUGGUAGCGCGACUAACACAAACCCGAAAAAACUGAUCAGGAAAUACCUUGAGUUCUGCUGGAAUUUACCAUGCUACGGUGCAGCCUUCUUUCAAGGUCAAAUUGAACGACCAGUGCGGGGCCUCGCGUCAUGGAUCACCAAUCGCGAUCAGCAAGUCCUCAUUGCAAUCAACACGUCAGGAGUUUAUAUAGUCGAUGAUAUGCAGUGUAGCUUACUAUUAGGACUAAAGUACUCGGAACUGAGUUGGGAAAUGGCGAAGCCUUCGGACGAGAACAAUCUGGAUUGUUUGCCCUGCUUAUUCCUGCAAUUUCCGGUUCGCGAGAAUGGAGCGCGAGUUUAUAAAAUCCUGCAAGUGUUCUCGAAACAGGCGAUAAUGAUGGAUACCUUAAUUUCCGGUUUUGCUGACGAUCAUCGUCUGCGUCAACUUGCCGGUAGCGAGGGUAACAAUGAGCAGUUGUUGGAUCACCCGUUAACUAUGGCCACUGGAAGCUUCACAAACAAACUGAGCAAGUUCACCCUGGCCACUUUCGACGAUGAAGGUCGUUGCAUCGGUCAGAUGGGCUCAUGGUCUUUUCAAUGAAUAUUUAAUGACACAUAUAUUAAAAAAAGAGAUUGGUUAAAACGAAUUAAAUCGCUGGAACAAAUUUGGUUACAUCAACUCAUCAAUCAAAUCAAAUUGAAUAAGAAUGAAGUCUGUUCAACAAUAUGAUGUAACAAUUUUGACUAAAAAAUUUAAUCAAAAGUUAAAGAUUAAUACAACAAUAAUGUUAUAUGGA